AUAGUGAAACACGCACACACACACUCGCACACGCACGUUGUCCGCUCGCAUCCGCAGCUGUAUGAGUGUGUAUAUAGGCGGCUGGUAAAAUUCCACUGUGAAACGAAAGGAAGUUAUUGUUGUUGCAUAUUAACAAAACAAAUAACAGUGUACUCUGCUCUCGGUGUGUGUUGUUAAAUUUAAAAAACGUGUAAGCAGGCAGGCGAAAAAUAACAUAGGAAUACCAGCAGUAUUGCAGAAAAUAAAACAAAAGGCGGGCACGUUUUUCGACAUUGUUUUCUUUGUUUUUGUGUGCACCGCCGCUCUCGCGAGAGAAAAGGGAGCCAACGAGGAGUCGCGCAGGGUGCGAGCCUGCUCCAACAAGUGCACUUUAAUUGCUGCUCCAAAAAUAGAGUACAAAAUAAAACCGUUCGUUCGGGUGAAAAUAACGCGACGUUAUCGCUAUCGUUAUCGCCCACACGCUGCCCGUACGCGCACACAUACACUCGGACACUCGAGACGUCCUGAUAAGCGGAAAGAGUAAACAUCCACACUUAUCAGCAUAUUCCACUCGUUCCAACAUAAAUAUAAACACACGCUUCGAAAUGCCAUUCUAAAUUUGAAACAAAUCCGGGAAAUACAAAGAAUAAACGUACCUAGGCUCGCCGCCAGCCAGCAGAAGAAAAGAGUAAUUCGCCCCGCAAUCGAAUUCGCCGUAGUCUCAGCAGUUGCCUUCGCCUUCGCCGCAUCGACAACCUGUUUGCUCGGCCAUAACUCGCCCCGGCAUUUAUCUCUCAAUUAUUUCUGCAUUGACGUAAGGAGCCGAGACCACUUCCACCAUUCCACCGCAACUGCAGCAAACGACGGCGACGCAGCAGCAGCAGGAGCAGCCAACGGUCAUACUGCCCAGGAGCGGAUUCAUAAGCGACAUCGGAGUCCGGCGAGGAUCGGGGAGUGGAUCGCGGAGGAGCAGCGGUAGCGGCAGCGGCAGCGGCAGCCCCACCAUGGAGCCCUACUGGAGCGAGGCGAACGGACACGCCGCACAUCCGGUUAAGUAUGAGAGCGAAGCAGCUGUCUCCAGUUUUCCUUAUUGCACAGAAUCUAGUUUAAAUUUUUCAACAUCCGCCACGGCAUACAGCGAGGACGAUGCUGAAUAUGCCACCGGAAGACGUAAUAAAACAUCGAGGCAAGAUCCGCUCUCCCAUCGCAUUAUCGAGAAGAGGAGACGGGAUCGGAUGAACUCCUGCCUGGCGGAUCUAUCCCGCCUCAUCCCGCCGCAGUAUCAGCGCAAGGGGCGUGGCCGGAUCGAGAAGACAGAGAUCAUCGAGAUGGCCAUCCGUCACCUGAAGCACCUGCAGAGUGAGUGCCAGCAAAAGGAGAGUGACUAUCGGAGUGGCUACAUGGACUGCAUGAAGGAGGCGGCCAAGUUCCUCUACGACGUCCACAUGCAGGACUUUUGCCAUCGCCUAUUGGGUCGCCUGCAGGAGCACAUCGAUGAGAUGUUCAAGACGGAUUGCUACAAGUCAACGCGCAGCUGCCACAUGCCGGACAAUGUGAGUGCCUCGAGUGGCAGCCCGCAUCAGGCUUACCAUCCUCCGCUGUGCCACCUGCGUGACAUGCUGGGCGCCGCCUCGGCCUCGGAUGUGGAGCACAGCCAGGAUCACAACGAUGUCAAGGAUCUGAGCUUCCGCAAUCAUCUCAAUCAGCUGCAGAGGAGUCAGCAGGCGGCGGCGGCAGCAGCAGCCGCUGUCGUUGCUGUGGCCAAUGGCAGCUCGAAUGGCGGUCUAGAGUCCAAGGUUCCCCUGACCAAUGGAGCUGUCAAUGGUGGUGCUUCGUUAGCGGGCGACAAUGUGCCCAGUAAUUCCACGGGAAGCGUAGCCGGUGCAGUGGCCGGUGGCAAUAACAACAGCAACAGCAGUGGCAGCAACAGUAGCAGCAAUGCGGCUAGUUCCACCACCUGUCCUCCGGCGCCCAAGGUCACUCCGCUGGCUGCCCAUCAGCAACCGCAUCAGGCGCCCGUGAUCACCUCCACAGCCCCCCAUCAUCAUCAUCACCACAACACGGACAGCAGCCAUCACGACUUUGAGUCGUCGCGGGAACCGAUCCUUCACACAGACACCUCCAACAUGCACUCGCCGCCGCCCAGGGAUCUGCUGUUGCAGCAGCAUCCCCAUCUGGCUCAUAGCCACCACACCCAGGACAGUCUGCUGUCCGUGCGGAUGCGUAACUACUCCGAGUCAUCGCACGAGGUGGAGCACAACAACAACUACAAGUACAAGAACCACAUCAAGGAGCGCUUCGUCCACGAACUGCAUGACGAGGAGACGAGUAGCGAACACUGUCCAGUGGCUGCUCACCUGCAGAGCGAUCACUCGCAUAUGCAGGCUCACUCGGAGCACUCGAAGGAUGGCACGGAGCCGGAGAUAGCACCCAUUAUGGCCAAGAAGCGUAAGCUGGCCGAGGCGGCGGCCAAUGGUGAGAUACCGCUGGAGGUGCACACCGAGGCGAGUGGCACGAAUGCAAAUCCCGCUCGCCUGGACAAGCCCUCGCCAUCGUUCAACUUCAGCGACAUCAAGGACAUCAAGUCCGAGCUGCAUAAUGGGAACUCCAACUCCAGUCCGCUCCUGGCCAAGCUGAGUGCAGUGGCAGCUGCCGGAGCCCAGCUAAGCACUCCCAGCAGCACCUCCGCCCCGCUGCCGCCGAGGCACUCCUUCACAGUGCCCAUAUUCGCACUCCACGGUCAGGGCAACUACUAUGUGCCCCUCAAUGUUGACUACAAUGCGUUGGUGCCGUACCUGAACGGCAUGGAUCUGCUGGAGAAGAGCUUUACCAGCAUGCCGGUGGUGCAUCCCAUCAACAUCAAUGUGAACUUUAUGCCCAGCACCCCGUCCGCAUCUCUGUUGGCCGCCGCUGCAGCUGCUGCUGCCGUGGCCGCCGGGAAACAGCAACAACCCGCCGGAGCGGGGAUUUCCCUUUCCACUAACUCAGCGGCUGCCCAGGCGGCAGCAGUGGCUGCGGCAGCGGUGGCCAAGGCCAAGAUGGAGCAGGCCAUGAACCAGAGUUGGUAGGAUUAGAGAGAGAGAGCAAGUCAGAGCAGGCGACGGGUUCAGCAGAUGGAACAACUCUACCUCAGUACUUCUGUGAAUAAUCAUCAAAUGAUUAAUCUCAAAACAAAACAAAACAAAUUAAGUGGCAUCUGCGGCCAAGUAUAAAAGAGAAAGUGAAGAGGGCAGCGGAGAAAGUAAAUUCAUUGGGGGUGCUUCUGAGAGCUCUAGGGAUUGGUAAAACCCAAGAAUAUAGACAGAAUGUGGGAUAACCUAAAGUUAAAAACUUGUUCCAAGCCAAGAAAUACUUAAAAAGUGUAAAACAAACAUUUACAAAUAUUUAUUGAACCCAAAACAGGUUACAAAGUAGAAAAACAUUAACGACAUUGAGCAUAGCAUACUUUUAGAAAACUGACAAGAGUAGACUUCAAGUCUCUGGAGAUUUCAGAAGCGCCCGGCUUUAUUAUUCUUAUUUGGUUUGAUAAACCAAUUCAAGAACUUGAUGAAGGAGAAGCAAACAAUUAGUUUUGCUAGUUAACUAUUUUUGAACAAAGCAUAAAUGUCUAUUAUAUAACAAAACCAAACAUAUAUGUAUAUGUGUAGAAAACAUGUAUGUAUAUGAUGCCAAGAGUCAGUCCCACGUAAACAGAAAUCUAAUGGAUUUUAAAACAAAACUAAAUGUGAAUUAAAUGUAUUUUUUAGAGGUUUAACGUUUUUGCAAUUUAAAUAAGUGUUGUGGUUUCAAAUCAGGUAGUCUAAUAAUGCGAACUGACUUCCCCGUCAGGCAUAUAUAGUAACAAAUAUAUAUAUACAAGAAGAUAUAUUGAUAAAUACAUACAUAUAUAUAUAUAUAGUAAACCACUAGUCAGAGAACAUGUACGAAGACGUAAAACAAAAAACAAACAAACAAAAUGGGAGGAAAAACAAAUCAAAAAACAAAUUAUUUUAAAUUCUAUGUGUAAAUACUAUUUGCAAGCAAAUUGUCGUUCGUUUAAGUUUGUAUUUUAGUGACAAAUUAUUUUAAGUUGGUUGGUUAACAUGUGAAAAAAAAAAA